AUGUCGUUCCCAACAGCCAUAACAGGCGUAACCCAUAACCCACAACUGCGCCUGCUCAAUGCUCUCCGAGAAAGCAAAAAGCCGAUAAUGACCUUUAUGGGACUUCCAUCAUUCCGAAAUGGCCAGAUAGUUGCUCAGACAGGUCUCGAUGGGAUUAUCAUCGACUGCGAGCAUGGGUAUAUUAGCGAUGACUCCAUGCACAGUUCCGUUGCUGCCAUUGCGUCGAUGGGCGUCUCGCCGCUUGUUCGUAUUAGAGGAACGCACUCCGAUCUGAUUAAAAGAGCGUUGGAUGCUGGUGCACAUGGGAUUGUUGUCCCUCAGAUUAAUACAGCCGAAGAAGCAGCAGCCAUUGUUUCCUAUGCGAAAUUCCCUCCACAAGGACUCCGUGGCCAAGGUUCAGCAUUUCCAGCCAUUGCUCAUGGAAUUGAUAUCCCGACGUACAUCAAAACCGCCAAUGAGACGCUUAUUACUUGUGUGCAGAUCGAGUCCAAGGCUGGGGUUGAGAACGUGGAUGCCAUAUCUGCCGUACCUGGUGUCGGCAAGUGA